AUGCUGGCGGAUGGACAGCUCACCCUGGGCGACAAGGUGUUGAAGCACAACGGCCGCAAGAUCCGGCGGCUCGCGCUCGGGGCGCUCGGCGGCUUUGCAGGCAGCACCGCUGACGGCCUCACCCUGUUUGAGCGGCUGGAGGCGAAGCUGGAGCAGCACCCGGGGCAGGUGGUUGCCUAG